GAUUUCUCCAGCUUUUAGAGGAUGUAUCGUUGAGGCACAGUCCAAGAAGGGCAGUUAGACAAUUCAAAGUGCAAUGCAUUCCUUUAUUAAGUUGGUUUAGAGUUUCAUUGUGAUUUCUUUUCGGUCGAAGCUGUAAAGUUUUGUCCUCCAACCCACUGACAGCUACUGAGUUGGAGUUGAUGUGAGCGGAGUGAAGUGGAAAUGGUCCACCACCAGCGCGCCCUUCUGUGUCACUCCUGCUUUUUCCAAUCGUCCAAAAGUCCGACAGGUUUGCAAGAUGUGGUUUUAGCUGCUGGACUCGGUUGGAGAGUUUGGAUUCUCACUGUUGGAUCUAGCGGAUGGAUCAUCACCUGAACUGACAUGAUGUGCAACCCGAAGAAAAGCGGAUCUGUGUGACAACUUUAUCUUAAUACCCUCUUUAAAAACCUCUCCAAAAAGCGCAAUGUUUUUAAUAACUUUUGUCAUGAUUUUGUCCUUCCCGGACUCCGGGUUCACCUUGAAGGGUGACGGCAGCUCGUCCUCCCGGCCCGCGCGCCUGGACUGCGUAAAGGCCAGCGAGCAGUGUCUGAAGGAGUACAGCUGCAGCACCAGGUACCGGACCAUGAGGCAGUGUGUGGCGGGCAGGGAGAGCAACUUCAGCGCGGUGCCCGGUGCCGAGGCGCAGGGCGAGUGCCGCAGCGCCAUAGAAGCAAUGAGGCAGAGCACGCUGAACAACUGCAGGUGUAGAAGAGGCAUGAAGAAGGAGAAGAACUGCCUUCGGAUCUUCUGGAGUAUUUAUCAGAGUUUACAGGGUAAUGAUUUGCUGGAGUACUCUCCUUAUGAGCCAGUCAAUAGCCGUCUCUCAGAUAUCUUCCGCCUGGCCCCCAUCAUCGCAGUUGAGCCUGCAUCUACAAAGGAGAACAACUGUCUGAAUGCUGCCAAGGCCUGUAACCUGAAUGACACAUGCAAGAAGUACCGCUCGUCUUACAUCACCCCCUGUACCAGCAGGGUGUCAGCGUCUGAGGUCUGCAACAAGCGCAAAUGCCAAAAGGCCCUACGACAGUUCUUUGACAAGGUCCCAACUAAAUACAGCUAUGGGAUGCUGUUUUGCUCCUGUCCAUCGGGGGAUCAGACAGCAUGUGCAGAACGCCGACGGCAAACGAUCGUCCCCGUAUGUUCCUACGAGGACAAAGACAAACCCAACUGUCUGUCUCUGCAGAACUCAUGCAAGACCAACUACAUCUGCAGGUCAAGGCUGGCAGACUUUAUCAGUAACUGUCAGCCAGAAACCCACUCCAUAUCGGGCUGUCUGAGGGAGAGCUACGCUGACUGCCUGCUGUCUUACUCAGGUCUAAUUGGUACAGUGAUGACACCCAAUUAUGUGCGAUCACUUGGUAUUACCCUGUCACCCUGGUGUGACUGCAGCAGCAGCGGGAACAGAAAACCAGACUGUGACAGAUUCGCUGAGUAUUUCAACAACAACAGAUGCCUACGUAAUGCCAUCCAGGCGUUUGGCAAUGGCACUGAUGUUGGAGUUUGGCAACCCCAACCGCCAAUUCAGCCUACAACGCUGGAGUCUAGCAUCACCCGGAGGGGGAAAGAUCGAACCAGUAACGGACUGGAUGCACUGACAGACGUGAACAAACUGGAUCUGGAUGACGACUCAUUAUAUAACAUCUGUGGGACCCUACAGGCCCAAAAACUGGUGUCGAAUCUAACGGUGGAUACCGCUCAAUGUGUGAACCAUCAACUGGAUGAGUCCGGUGACUCAAAGGCCAAUGCUCGGAGCGCCGCAGCAGACCUUACCCACUCUAACCCCUCAAGUAUGCUCCUUGCACUAACCGUCGCUUUAAUACGGAUCGAAGGUUUCCAACUGUUGUAAGAUCUGAGGACUACGGAUCAACACUCAUCAGAUUCAACUCAUUUUGAUUUAGACAUUUGCCAAAGUGUGACACCUGCAUUUUUCUUGAAAUGGAACUAGGCAACACAACCGCGCGCUACAAACCUAGAAAACCGAGGAUUAUGUCUCUGAGCGGUCCACGUUGCUGAAAGCAGAAGAGGCUGAAGAGAUUUGCCUUCCAUGCCUCGUGGGGGCAAUUUGGGUUCUUCAAGAAUCAGAUUCACACUAAGGAAGACUCAUUUUUAUGGAGUUAAACCCUGUGAUCUCAUCAGCACGUGCAUAAUGUCACUACUUGGAAACUGUUGCAAGUCAGUGAAUGGACAGCCAACGUGCUGAAGAGCGUUUUUGGGAUGAAGUGGAUCAUCGUCUGUCAUAACUGCGCUUUUAUUUGUCCAGCCAGUAAAUUGCUUUAGUUCAACAACAGGAAAACUAGGUGUUGUGCUGAUAUAUAAUAUGUCACAAGGGACAACUAACACAUGUCAUAGUGAUAACGUAUUGAAUAUGGUUCUUUAAAUGCUAAAUCAACACCGUAACAUUUUAUCAGAGUAUUCUCAAAGUAUAAAGACGCAUCAGCCGGAUAAACGCAAACAGUUCCUCUUCUCCAUGUUUCGGUACUAGGAAUAGAUUUGUUUUGUAGAUUUAUUUGAUUGUUACGGUGGUUUGUGGAUUUAUCACAUCGCCUAUAAAGGAACAUUUUGUACAUACGAUGCAUAGCGUGUACACUCUAUUACAGUGUGCUGUGUCAGCUUGUUACAUAUCGUCUGUAAUGUUUUUGAGAGUCUAUGUUAGUAUCUGGAGACUGAGGCCUCUCAGCAUUACUCGGUGUAGCUAUGAUUUUAAAAAAUGUGAUGGGGUUCUUUACUCACGUGGUUACAGAUAUGACUGUUGUGUGAUUGUUUUAGAUGCAAAGAGCAUAUUGUUAUCUUCAACAGUAAUUUUUCUCGCGGAAUAGCAAACUAUCUGUAACACCAACAAGAAUAUAAAGGCUUACAAACGUGAUUUUAAUGGAUAAAACAAAGUCAUGUCAUUCUUCUGCUCUAAUGAAAGUACAUAUGUUCUGAUGGAUUAAUCCAUAUUCUUCACACUGCCCCUAUUUAAUAUUUCUAUUAUAGUGUCCUGUUGAACAGUUUGAUGAACGCAGUUUGUUUUUUAAAUAAAGAAUGUGUACAUAUCCACUGGAGCAAAUGCCAAAAGAUAAAAGCCAAGAUUAAUACAUAAUUAUUAUAAACAUGGCACCUCUUUUUAUGAAAGACAUUCAAAGAAUGUACAACAUAAUGAGGAUGAAAACUUGUUUUUAAAACAUCCUUGCCAUUACUAAGUGUUAAAAUGACAUAACUUAAAGCCUGUAACGAUGCACAUCUGUUUAGAUUGUGUACUAAAUUGUUUUGUUUUUUAGGUUUUGGUCAAAAAUACAAAUGUAUAUCUGACCUAUAGAUAUUACCAGCGUAAACUUGAAGACAUCUCAUAUAGGAGGCCACUUUUAUGUACAAGAAGUCUUCAUGACCAUUUGAACAAUUUGAAAUCUGAAAUAAAAACGGUG